ACCCCAAUUUGCUUAUACUUUAUAUACUCCUUUGGUAUUAAAAAAAUAUGUUGGAUGAUCUUAAUGCAUCUCAAUCCCCAUAAAUUUCAACCUCUGAAAGAGAAGCUCAAGUUGACUGAUAAUGGCUUCCCAACGAGAAAUUUUUGAUGUUUCAGGCCCUUUGCACCUGCUAAACUCUUUCGAUUGGAGAAACACAUUUCAUCGGAGAUCUGUUGCCGCGUGCCUCGUUCAAGGCGUUUACGUUUUGGAAAAGGAUCGUCAGCGUGGAAGCAGCGGGCAUGAACACGAAACUCACGCUUCGCCUUGGUGGGAACGGUUUCAUUUUCAGUUGAAUCAUGUGCUUGUAGACGAUAGUGAUUUAUCGUUUUUUGGAGCGAUUUACGAGCUCAAAUACGCACAUCCGUUUUUUUAUCAGUCUAGCCCGCUCCCUCCAAGAUAUGUAAUAGCUUUUCGUGGAACAAUCUCCAGAUCUCUCACCAGAUCUGAAGAUAUGCGACUCAACUUAAAAUGCGUAUUCGAUAACCUCGAACAAAGCCCUCGAUUCCGUACGGCUUUCGAAGCUAUCUCAAAAGCCGUAGCAAAUGUGGGAGCUCAAAGCGUGUGGUUAGCCGGACACUCGUUAGGCGCCUCAAUCGCAAUGCUGGCCGGGCGAAACAUGGCAAAGUCUCGAUCUCAACUCGAAACCUAUCUCUUCAAUCCGCCUUUCAUUUCAGUUCCCCUAGAGAAAGUGAUACCAAACCAAACUUUGAAACAUGGAGUCCGCAUUGCAGGCAGUCUUGUAACUGCUGGAAUCGCGACAGCAAUGAAGGGUAGGAAUAAGGGUCCGGAAGAGGAUCCCUUUGUUGUGUUGUCCGAAUGGAUGCCGAAUAUGUUUGUGAACCCGGCUGAUCCGAUUUGUGCUGAGUACAUUGGGUACUUUCAACAUAGAGAUAAGAUGGACCGGAUGGGUGUAGGGAAGAUUGAGCGAGUCGCGACGAAAUAUUCGAUCGGGAGUCUGGUUUCCGGAGCGAUAGGGAGAGAUUCGGAGCCGGUGCAUCUUCUACCAACGGCUUAUUUGACGGUGAAUUUGAGUUCUUCUGAGGAUUUUAAACAAGCUCAUGGAAUACAUCAAUGGUGGCAACCACAUUUUCAAUGGCAGUCUAAGCUUUACAAGUUCAAAUAGGGGUUUGUUAAUUCAUUUAUGUUUCGGUUCCAUGAUAUGAAACAUAACUGAUUUAGGUGUUUGUCUUGCGAUCUUGUCGAAGUAUGAAUAAAAAGGAUAAGUUCCCUUUUUUUGCAUGAAGGGUAAGUUGUAAAUAUAUGUGGUUUUAAACAGUUUGAUCAUUCAGUUUGCUUGAAUUUGAAUAAGCAUUUAUCACUA